AUGGCGCUGUCAGACACAAGAGUGAGGUCCAAGAAGUAUCAACUCAUCGAGACGCAUACCGAUGGCUUGGUGGGUUCCUUCGAGGCAUCUACUGCCUCGAUUUUAUGGGGCGAACUCUUUACUGAGAAGGAUCGUUCCUUCUUCCGGCAGCACUUGGAGGAAGGGAACUUGUCCUUCGGGGCGAAGGACACUUUUCAGUUGGAAUAUCGCAUCGUUUGGAAUCCCGAAGCCAAGAAGCAGAUCAGCGAGCGUGGCGAGACCAAAGAUGGAAAGCUGGUGAUUUUGUUGCAUGGUUAUGGCGGUCGCAUCAUCAACUCCUGGGGCUGGGUGAAGAUGGUGAAAUCCCUGUGGAAGCAGCACUUCACCGUGUGCUUGCUGGACAUGCCGGGCUUCGGACGAAGCAGCGUGAACAUGUCCUGGAAUACGCCCCUGCAGGAAUGGCUGCACAUGGACGCGGUGAUUUUGGCCAAGUUCAUCAACGGAAUGAACUUUCGCAAGUCGGUGAGUUUCAUUGCCUACCGCGAGAGUUGCGCCAGCGUCAUGAAACUCUGCACGAGUUCGCCCCACCUGGUGGGAACCAGGCAGAUCUUGGUGGAUCCCGUCUUCACCCUGGACGACAUCUUCCCCAUUGAAGCGCCCUAUGGCGCCCAGAUGGACUGGUUCCAGGAAAAGCCAAGUAUGCAAGCUGUUGAGAUGGAUCGGAUGAUUUCGCGAAAAUCCAUGAACCUUUGGGUCAGCUUCACAGGCGCCCCUGGUUGCACCAGCGCGCUGGAAGCCUUCAAGUUGGUGAUCAAUGCGCGACCUCAUCUGGGCAUGCGGAUCAGUAUCACUCACCUUAGCAAGGAGUUCAUUUGCGAAGCCCGCGCAGGAGCCAAGGUCUCCACCGAGCUGCUCUUCAUCUGUAAGUACAUUAAGGACCGCUUUUCACUCUAUUUGGCUGAAAUUGAGAAGGUGCCCAAGGAGAUUCCGCCCUGGGCGCUGGAUGUGGUCUCCACCAAUGCCUCAACGGCCAUUGGCUCCAAAGCCGUGCCCAGCAUCGAUUCUCCGGCAGGGAGAGCACGGAAUUUCGAUGCACUGGAGACGGUGCAAGAGGCAGCAGAGGUGCCCGGGGUGAAGCGAAAUCAGUUCGUGGGAAAGAUGUGCUCUCCCGCCAUACCACUGCUGAGAACCUUUUCCCCCGCCGCCAAGCGGCGGGAGUCGGGCCUGAAGGAGAUCCCUGAGGAGCCGAUCCGGGAACGCUUCGUUGCGCCCAAGCGGAACUUGCCAAAGUUGGCGGGCCUGGUUCCGAAUGUCUCGGGCGAUCAGCGAGGACUUUCAGGCUUCGAGGCUUUGCGGCAAACCAUGAGGAUGGAUGGCACCAGCAAUGGUUUCCGGGAUCGGUCAAAGAGUUCCAAGCAGAAGCCUGGUGCCCUGAGCCGUUACGGCGCCAGCUUCAUGGAGGGCAGCCGUUCUGAAGCCCUGCUCCGGGAGGAGCGUUUGAGAGGGCACUUGCCAAGUCUGUCGCAGUCUCGGUCGACUCAGGCAAUGCAACGCACAGCUCAUGGGGUGGUAGUGUGUCGCCCCGGAGAGCUGCCACCGCCACCCUUCAAGACUGAGGCUUCACGCUGUGCCAUCAACUCGUGUGCCAAGAAGGCGACGCAAAAACGCAUUGAGGAUCCCGAAAUUGGUCGACAUCGCUUGAUUUGUCCGCCGCACAAGACCAAGGAUGCUCUGGAUGCAGUUGGCUAUCGGGCCACCCACAAGGAGCCGCAGACGGUGCAAGAAGUUUUGCAAGAACUGAAGGGCAAACGGCUGCCGUCGGAGCGGCGUUGUGGACAGGGCGUAGAGCGAGUGCUGACUCAGUGGCCCAAAGGAAAUCAGAUCGCAGCAGUUGGCUUUAGCCGUUUUGAAGCUGAAAUCGAGCCAGAACUACAGGAGCUCAGCUGGGGCCUCUUUAUCCGUUGCUUCUCGGACGUGUUGCAGCCCGGAGUCUCGGAUGUCACGCCGCAGCAUGGCAAACCCAUGAAACAUCGGCGUCGAAGAGAACUUCGACACUCGGUGGGAAACAGCGAGAUGGCGGCGGAAGCUAAGAAACCCUUGAUGUUUUUGGAGGACGUUCAGCUGCCCUCGGAAGAGCUGCAACGGAGCACCUUCUCACUGGAGGAAAUCCUUUCGAGAAACAUCUUGUGGUUGGUGGUGAUGUCGGUGUGCAAAGUGGAUUUGACACCAGCUCCCGGCGGCAUGGGGCAGGAGAAAGCCCACUCCAUCGGUUCCACACCACACGCCUUGGACAUUCUCAUCUCCGCAAUGGAAAGGGGACUCGCGGGCGCCGCCGGGGCAGCCAGGGCGCGGCGUUUUGAGAACUUCCAGUGGUACCCACAAUGCGUGGUGCCUUUGGCCGCCGCGGCUGCCAUAGGGCAGCGCAAGGGCAAGGCGCCAAAACGCGCCGCUGGCCCGGAGGAUGUGGAGACGGUGGAAACAGUGCCGACAAGGUUGGCCCUGCUCCGUUUCGCCGCGCCACUGGCCGCGGUCAGCGUUUGUGGGCCCAUUCUGUCCACCAUCGACACGUCCUUCGUGGGGCGCUGUGCUGGGACGGUGGAGCUCGCUGCCUUGGGGCCCGCGUGUACCGUGACAGAUCUGAUCUACCUCAUCUGCAGUACUGUGUCCACUGCAGCAAUCAAUCUCUACGCCAAAAACAGUGAUGAGGAGCACAAGAUGACUCGCUUCAACGCCACCUGUGUCGCCGUGGCGCUCACCGUGGGCUUCGUGGCGCUGCUCAUUUCGAUGCUCUUCGGGGAGGCGCUGUUGUUGGCGCUGGGCGCGACACCGGUGAUGAUCGAGGUGGCCAAGAAAUACGUCCGAAUCCGGGCAGUUGGAUUGCCCUUAGCGACCAUGGCCUGUGCAAUGUAUGGUUUAUGUGUCGGCAGAGGGGAUACCAAGACGCCUCUGGUGGUGACAGUCUACUUGUCGGCCAUCCUCAAUGUCUUCUUCGAUUGGCUGCUCUGUGCCCAGUUUCCUUUCGGUGCCGCUGGAGCAGCCGUGGCCACAGUGGCUGCGCAAAGUAGCAGCUUCGUGGCGUACUUCGCGUUGAUGCGACGCAACGGACACCUGAGGCUGCCUUCUUUCAGAGACUUUUGGCCUUCAUGGGCCGAAACCAAGCCUGUUCUGUCCAUCUACGUGCCAGUGGCCUUCAUCGUCGUUUGCGUGCUGUCCAUGUAUGCCUGCAUGUCAGGUUUCGUGAAUCAGACGCAACCCUUGGUGAUGAUGGCCGCCUACAAGAUCUGGAUCACCGUCUUCGCCUUCUUCGCGCUGUGCGCCGAUCCCUUGGCUGCAGCCACCAGCACCAAGCUGCCACCCUUUGUGUUGAAGCCACUGGGCCGAUUUAUAUUGGAUUUAUCUGACCUGGUAUGGGAUAUAUAG